CGUAGUGUAACAGAAGAUUAAGCAUGUUCAGAAACUUUCCCACGAAUAUGAAAUAUCCCAAUCGGUUUAUCAAAUUUCCCGUUUUUCGUUUAGAUAAAAAAGCAAGUGUAAUGAGUGAAAGUUUGUCUAUAUUGUGCUUUUUUGAUACAUGAAUAAGUAGGCACACAGCCUGCAAAGUAUGCCAGGAAAGUGGACAACCUGCAUCAGAAAUCACAAAUGAAAUGAGUUGAAAGUUUCCUGUUUCACCGGUCAACACUUCCGAUUCUGCACUCAUUUUGCAAUAUCAAAAUGGGUGUCAGUGAUGAAAAGGUUGGGAGCUUGGAAGAUGAGGCUAGGAAAAGAAGGGAACGACUUGCUUCGCUGAAGAGACGUCGUGAAGAGCGUGAAAAGGGAGGAGGAGACAAAGCUGAUGGCAGGAAAGAGGCACUGCCAAAGCCAGUGUUCCGCAGCUACCGACCGGCUGACGAGAAGCUGAAGGAAGCUGUUCUGCCGGACGCCGAGCCGAGCAGCGUGGAGGCGCUGCUCGGGGACACCGCCGCCGCCGCCGACUCGGCCUCCUCCAAACCGGAUGAAGUCGACAUCGCGCAGCUGGCGCCGCGGAAGCCCGACUGGGACCUGAAGCGUGACCUGGCGCCGCGGCUGGAGCGGCUCGAGAGGCGCACGCAGCGCGCCAUCGCCGAGCUGAUCCGCCAGCGGCUGCGGCGCGACCAGCGGCCCGACGAUCUGGUGGACGCCGUGCACGCGGCAGCUGCCGACGGCGACGACGAUGACGAGUAGAGGGGCGGGGAGUAGCGGGAACGAUCAGGAGGUCGGCGUGCCGCUAGCAUGUGCGCUGUAGUGGUGGGAAGCGAAGGUUGCCACUUCACAGCGCGGUCAGCGGUGGUUGGGGAGAGGCGCGCCGUGUGAAUAUUCAUCGGCUCCAGACGGAGCACAAAGUGGCGCUGACUGCUGAGCCACGAUACUGUUCGGAAUAUGCAUCUCACCGUUACAUGUGUUGCGCGUUUGUGGCUCUCCCCUGUGCAAGUUGUUCGGGCACGACGAUCUUGGGAGGGUUUUGUACUGUGAAGUAGUCGCUCACUCCAAUGGGUCAUAUACAUCGGCUCCCGGAUUCCAAGAUACCGAUCGAUUUGUGUGCAUUGUCAUCAUCAUGGUUCGUGAAAAUAAUAAUAUGCAUCCGACACUGUA